CGCCCCCGUCACAGCGCAAUAAUAAUAAGAACAACAAUAAAUACAAAAACAAAUAAGCAUGCAGUGUCUGCCAGUGCGUCUGGACGUGCUGCGUUCAACAAUAUGCAGACGCAUUGUACGCUGCUAUCUACAGUUAUGUGCAUUGUUUUUGUUGCUGUUGUUGGCAUUGUACGCGUAAUUGUUGCAUCAAACAAGGCACAUAUGCAUGCUUGUGUAUGUACGUCAUUUAUAUAUAAUAUACGGAUGCAUGCAACAGACAGUCGACAUGGAAAACAAUAAAAGCCAAUCUAGUUGCAGCGCUGCGCUUGUGUUUUUAUUGUUGUUGUUUGCUUGUUCUUUGGUUGGGUUGGGGGUGCACUACGUAGUGGGGCAGCAAAAGCGCUAGCGCGACGACACAGUUUGAUAUUUCAGCUGAUUUUUGUAUGUAUAUAUAGUACAUAUAUGCAAAUUGUGAAGUGGCAGGAAGGUCACUGUAAGGUCAACAGCAGCAGCGCAUAUGCAAGGAGGCCUUUAAUAUUUUUAUAUUUCAACAAACGGUUGAGCGCUUAUGUUUUUGCAGCAUUUAUGUGCUAAAAAAAUUUAAAUUUGUUUUUAUUUCUCAACUGUAAAGCACGCGUUUUCCAUUAAUAUAAUUAAGUGCGAUGCAAGCGCGCUCUGUAGCGCCAAAUCUUGUGUAUGCUACUACAAUUUACUGCAAAAUACUAAGCGCUAAUUUAAAGCAUAACUAUUUCUGUACUUGCCAACAGGAAGCGCUUGAAAAUACGCUGAAAUUUUCCUAGCGUAUCUAUAACGCCCAGCAUACCGCCACAUAGCAGCGCAUUAAAUCUUAAAUACUACACAUUUUUUAUAGCAACAAACAUUAGAUGCUCGCUUAAUGCUGCCCAAUAAUCAACGUCAACAUGCUACGCCGUCCACAACGUUGAACGCGCACAUACACGCACUCAAAUUUCACACACUUGCAAGAGCGCGCGCUGUGGCAAUAUACAUUUACACAAACGCGUGCACGAAAUGUGGCAACAGUGUUUCCUAUAAUUCAGAACAGCCAAUACGCGUUGAAUUUUAUAGCGCGCCACGAUACGAUACGCUGUCGACCUACCAGCUUUAAAAAAACGCUGCGGCGCUUUUACCACAUACCACAUAGCAUGCGUGUGAGUGGUGGUGGCAAGGAAUCGAUUGCGAAGCCGGCAUAUUUGUAUAUGCCACGUAAAGUACGUGUACGCUGUCAGUGACAGUGGCGGCGAACAGCCACAAAGCCAUUAAGCACGUCGACGUUCAGUCUGCCGCUUACAGUGCACAAUCGCAAGCAUGCCACAAAUGCUAGAGCAAGUCAGCCUACGGUGAGCGUAUCAUCCGUUAGUACUCGACCAACACCAUACCUAGAGUGCGCGCAGGAAAGCAAUACUACACCGUGCGCCAUAACCCCUCCCCACCAUGACGCGCCAGCAUAGCGAUUGGUUAGCAAGCAAAGCGGCAAGCUAUGCUGUCGCAUGUUGCUGCGCAUAAUCCAACCCACUAGUUGACGUACUGACAUAGCUCUAUGUAAGUGGCGUGUAACGCGUCAGUCACUAUACUGUCAGGGCAAUUUGAUUUAUUUGCGUUGCGCUGUACGAAUACAUAUGGAGAGCGCGCUAACUUAAAUGUAGUUUGUGUGCGCGUGUGUGUUGCGAAGAGCGCGCAUACACAUUACUACAAUUUCGCAUACACACAUAACUAUCUCUUUUGCACUCACGCGUGCGCCGCUCUUUAACAAGUGUUGUAUUUAUAAGCGCGCUCUUUCAUCUAGCUCAUUUAGGUGCACACAACGCGUGCGAGUGCAGCAACAUGCUUUCACAUGCGCCCAGGGUAGUUAGCGCUUGCUCUGUGCACAAACAAGCAAACAUGAGCUUACGUUUAGCCAGCGCUUCGUUGCCUAAUGGUAUAACUACCACUAACAUUGUGACAAACACACGCAUAAUCACGAGAGUAGCGCCCGCGGAGAGUCAACUAACAUCGUGUCUGCUCAACUUCGUGCAAACAUUCGUAAACGAGCGACAACACAACACACCGUAGUUGCACAGCAGCAGCAGCAGCGCUCUAGCCAGUCAGCCAGCCAGCACCUCGAACAGGUUUCAUGCUCGUCGAACGAAAACAGAAAGGUGCUCAAUUCAGUGCAGUGUGGAGGUAUUCGCGUGUUGACGUAUCGCGGAAAUUGUAAAAAUUUAUUUGACAAACUUUUCAAUGACCCUGCAUGCAGUAGGCACAAUAAUUAAAAAGGCAAAGUAGUAGACUCAAGCCGAUAAAAAAAGCAUAAUAUUUAUAUAGAAAUAAAAAGACUUUGGUACCGCAACGACGUCUCGUCUUGUGACUCAACGCGUAAAAAGCAAUUGUAUUGUUUUUAUGAAAACGUAAAAUAACGUGUGUAAUGCCGGAAACUGAAAGUGAAUUUUAUUAAAAAGAGUUAAAAAUUGUGUUUUGAGAAUUAAAAAAUAUAUAAAUAAUUUUUAAAGUGAAAUUGUGCAAGAAAGGCCGAUUACUCGUACGCGCACAUGUCUAACUUGCAUACUUAUGUUAAUUGACUUAAUAAUUUUGGUCAUUUAAAUAAUCGGAAUUUGCACAAUAACGCAUAAGCAUUACGGCACACGAAGGCGACGGACGAAAGACGGCGCAGCAUUAAGCAAAUAAGAAGGCAGCGCAAAGCGUAGUGCAGUGAAGGUGGCGCGCUUAAGAGCGUAGACAAAGCGAAGUGCUACCUGUGCAAGUAACGGUGCAAAAGAAGCAGUGUUUGGGAAAAUUGAGAAUUUGCUAAAAUAACGAACAAAAAAAUUAUCUUGCUUGGAAAGCGCUACCAAAAUCAAGCAAUUUCAGGCAGCGCGCGCAUAGGCUUGCAUAGAAAAGUUAACUAUUAAAGUACAAAAAUAAGUGAACACAGUGUUUAAAGAGACGCAGCAUAAGCGCAGCGUAAUUGCAAAUAAACUACAAUAACACAAACAGGCAGACACAGCAGCAGCGCAGAAAUAAUUAUAUAAAAAUAGCAACUUUAAUUGUCGCACAAAAAAUGGUUUCAAAAAAGUGCAAAUUAAACGCUACUAACUUAUUACAGUGUGUAACAAUAGUGUGCGCUUAACUAGCAAACAAUAAAAAACAAAAAAAAUUUAAAGCGCUAAACCAAACGCAACAUUUAGCGCACAAAACGCUAAGCAAACAAAAAUAUUUUGGCAAGUAAGAAGUUUGCGUUAGCCAAGCAACAAUAUUUGUAAUAAACCAUAUAAGACCAAUAAUAAGUACAACGCCGCCGUGUACGCUAUACCGCUACAACAACACAAUAUGUUGACCAUGGAAUCGGAUAUGAAAGGCGGCAUCUUGCAUGCCACCAUGCCGCCGCAUCACGCAUCCGCCGCUUUGCAUGGACACGCUGCGUCGCCGUAUAGCGCGCUCGGUCCGCUAAUGAAUCUCGGACAAUCGCAUUUGACACAAUCACAUUUGAGUCAACAUCAUCAUCAUCAUAUGGCCACACAUUUGGCCAGCAGCGGUGGACAGCAACAAAGCGCGCUGCUGGGUAAUGGCGGUGGCGGUCUAUCGAGCAAUCCGUUAAGUUCAUUGCAAACUAGCAUGGCAAAUACGUUGAAUGGUAACGCGAGUUUGCAACAGCAACAACAACAACAACAGCAGCAGCAGCAGCAACACGGUUCACCAUUGCACAGCGCUAGCGAUUUGAGUCCCACACAAUCAAGCAUCGGCAGUCAUCAUAUGACAUCGCCGGGCGGUCAGCAACAGCAACAACAGCAGCAACAGCAACACCAUGGCGUGCAUCAUCACAGCGGCAUGGGUGGUGGCGCGUCUAUUGGCGGUCAAAAUGCUAACGUGCCAACAGUUAUUGGUAGCGGCAGUCACAAUGUGAAUAACAAUAACGUCUCGACCACGAAUAAGAAUCAACAGAAUGCGGAGCGUGUUAAACGUCCGAUGAAUGCGUUUAUGGUGUGGUCACGCGGUCAGCGCCGCAAAAUGGCCUCCGACAAUCCGAAAAUGCAUAACUCAGAGAUUUCAAAACGUUUGGGCGCACAGUGGAAGGACCUCUCCGAAGCUGAAAAGCGUCCGUUUAUCGACGAAGCGAAACGUUUGCGUGCGGUGCAUAUGAAGGAGCAUCCUGAUUAUAAAUAUCGGCCACGACGCAAGACAAAGACGCUAACCAAAUCCAAGGAGAAGUAUCCAAUGGGCGUCGGCUCAUUGCUGCAGUCAAGCGAACCGAAUGCGCCUAGUGCGGCGCGCAAUACAAGCGCCAGCUCGAUGGCGGCCGCACAACAAGCUGCCGCCGUCAACCGUGAUAUGUAUCAGAUGAGCGCGCCAAACGGUUAUAUGCCGAAUGGUUAUAUGAUGCAUGAUCCAUCAGCCGCUGCAUACCAAAGUCAGCAUAGCGCCUAUAUGGGCAACUAUCACCGCUACGAUAUGGGUCAAAUGCAUCAAGCGGCUGCUGCUGCGGGUUCACUCAACUACAUGAAUCCGGCGGCGAGUGGUGGUUACGGCAUGUACGGCACUGUGUCGGGUGGACAAACCUCACCGUAUGCUAGCAUACAGCAACCCGGUUCACCCUAUAGCAAUGUACAGCAACAGCCUGGCUCGCCGUAUGGCCUAACAGGCGGUCAACCGGGUUCGCAAGUCUCCUGCCAAAGUCACAGUCCGAGCGAUUCGAGCAUCAAAUCCGAACCUGUCUCACCCAGUCCGUUACAUAGUCAAGCGCAACAAAAUUCAGCCGCUGUGCUCGCCGCCAACAACAAUAACAAUCAUAUAAUGAAACGUGAAUAUGGCGCGACGCAGCAAACGACCGAUUUGAAUCAUUUGAUGAAUAUGUAUCAUUUACCCGAUGGCAUGCAGGCAUCAGCUGCCGCGGCCGCCGCCGCCGCAGAGCAUCAACGCAAUCUGAUGCAUUAUCAGAAUAGUUCGCCGGACUUGCAACAACAGCAUGCGCAGCAUCAACAAUCGAUGCGCGCAAUGGCGCCACUCGCUCACAUGUGAGAAAUGGCCAGUGCUUAUGGUCAGUCAGCGCUCGCAAUCGCCACAGUUGCAUCCACUAAUGCCUCCGCCGCUGCCGGCGCCACCGCUAAUGCCAUUGCCACCAACGCCGGCACAACUGUAACGGAUAUGACAAGCGCGUUGGAGCAUCAUGGUUUGGUAGUGCCGCCCGCAUCCACAUCCACUUCGCCUACCACCCCGCCUACAACAUUGCUGCAACAUACGCAACAACUAACGCACGCGCAUGCACAGCUACAGCUAGCGCAGCAGCAUCAUCAACAAUUGCAACAACAACAACAACAAAUGCAGCUAACAUCACAAUUGGAGCUGGAACCGCCAGUGUCAGCAAGCGCUUCCAGCAUGUUGCACGCAGAACACAACGGCGGUGGCGGCGGUAAUUUACACAACGGCUUGCAUAGCCAGUCACUGGAGAGCGUCGGCGGCAAUAGCAGCAGCAGCGGCAGCAACAACAAUGGCAGCGUUGGCGGUGGGGUCAGCAUGCUGCACAGCUAUGUGAAUAGCAUGCAUGGCGGCCGCCCCAGCCCGACGGCAUCAGGUUCUUCAGGCGGCAGCCGCUCGUCGGCGCACUCACUGCCGUUGCCCGCACACUCGCCAGCGCUGCAGCAUCAAGUGAACGGCGCUUAUCUACAGGCGGCGAGCUGCGGCUCAGCGCUCACCGCUACCGCCACCACAAUUGUGUCGCCCGCGCUGAUGGGGCGCCUAGGUGGCAGUCAUGGCGAUGUGAACGGCAGCGGUGGCGGGAGCGAUGGACUGGGCGUUGGCGGUCCCUUGGCGCUGCUGCACCAUCACCACCAGCACCAUCACCAUUUGGCGCCGCAUCAUCACCAUCACCACCACCAUCCCCACCACAGCGUAACGCAUCAGCUGCACCAUCCGCACGACGCAUCCGUUGGACUAUUGGAUAUAUCCACAUUGUAAAUUAGCUACAAAUUACACAAGUAAAAUUAAACGAGUAAUUAAGAGAAGAUUAUAAAAAUUAAAAUUAAACAAGUUUUAGCUGUAGUUGUAAAGUGCAUAAAAAUAAUUAUUAUAAAUAAAUUAAUUUAAAAUUAAAAAAGAAAAAAAAAAUCGCAAAAAUAUGUCAAGUAAUUUUAUGCCCAAAAAAGUUGAAAAAUUAAAAAAUAAAUUAAAUUAAAAUUAAAUUAAGCAGAUUACGCAAAUUAAGCGCAUGCAGUGGCGCGGCGGCGCAAUUUUAAGCAAUAAACACUGUAAAAAAUUAAAUGACUAAUAGCGCCGCGCUGUGGCGCGCUACACGCCCUCAAGUACUUUUUAAGCACCGCCAAAUAUUAUAACAACAAAAAUAAAAAUUAUAUAAUAUUAACAAAAUUACAAAAACAACAUGUUAUCGUUUAAGUAGCGAACUAUGACAGCAUUGAGGCGCGCGUGCAGCGUCUAGUAUACCACAUGCAACAAAAUGCUAAAAACCAACAACAACACAUUCCCGAAAUUUUGCAAUGCAAAAACUUCAUGAAUUUCGAAUUUGUAAUUUUAACGCCAACUUUUUAUAAGUGCGCACUUUUUUCCACAUUCAAGUUGAUAAUCAUGUAAUUGAAUGCAUACAAACAUACACAUACAUACAUAUAUACAAAUAUUUAUGUUAAGUUUAUUUUUCGUUUUUAGUUACAUACAUAUAUAAUAAUGAAAAUGCGUCAAGUGUGAUAGAGAAUUGAGAGUUUUAGCUGAAUAAGGAAUGGUAAAAACAAAAAUAAAAACAAACAAAAAAACGCAGAAAAACAUUUAAUAAAACGUUGUAA